AUGUUAAAGUACGGUCCACCUGUUUACAGGUACACUUCACGGCGGUUCGUCAGAAAAGGAAAGUUUACAGCACCAGCAGAAUGGCUAAAAGAUGCGACGACUUUCAAGGACACUCACACUGUUCUCACCGAUCCACAUUCACCUUUGCCGUAUCCCACAGAAGUAAGUAUUGAAAAGUUUAUGUGCCCUUUUAUUAAAACAACAUGUUCCUUUUAGGCGAUAUGAUAAGUUAUGUAAUGCGAUACUAAUAAUUUACAGCAACUACGAAGCUACCUUCACAAAACCGAAGCAGCGGAAAAACUAAAAAAGAAACAAGCUACCAUCCGCCCAAAACGACAAGCCCUAGAGUUCUCUCACAUACCUAUUGAAGAACAAUGUGUGGCGUUGUUCCCUGGUCAAGGAGCUCAGUUUGUAGGUAUGGGUAAAUCGCUGCUGGAGAUCAAGGAAUGUAAAGCCGUCUUUGACCAAGCCAAUGAGAUUUUGGGUUACGAUAUUGCCAAGGUAUGUGUAGAUGGACCGAAAACAAAGUUGGAUCAGACGAUAUACUGCCAGCCGGCUAUAUUCGUGUCUUCUAUGGCGGCGUUACAAAAACUGAACCUGGAUGCCCCAGAAUUAAGCGAACGAUUCACGGAAUGUGCCGGAUUCAGUGUUGGGGAGUUCACCGCUUUGGUUCUGGCCGGUGUUCUCAAGUUUGAGGAUGGUAAGAACUUAUAGUAUAUAAAAGCUAUUUUACAGUUUAAUCUAAUUUGAACAUAAGUAAUUAAUUAUAUUUUGCCGCAACGAAGUUUCCCUUUUGAAUUUUUUAGCCAUGAAAAUUAUCGAUGUGAGAGCCAGAGCCAUGCACGAAUGUAACCAACGACUAGCCUCGGGGAUGAUUACUGUAAAAGUAAACGCUGCGUCACAAUUGGACAAAGCGAUUAGCGAAGCAAAACAACUGUCAUUGUAAGUAUUACUUUGUAACUUUUCCUUCAGAUUCAUAUAUAUAUAACUUUAAAACUGAAGGAAUAGACACUUUUAACUAAAGCCAUCAUUUAAAGAACGUAGUUGUGCCAAAACUAAAUAACAUUUUUAGAGAAAACGGAGAAAUGCCAAUAUGCGAAGUGUCUAACUUCCUUUACUGUGGAGUAAAGGUAGUGGGAGCGUCAAAUGAAUGUAUCACCUACCUAAAACAAAAUUCAGAACGCCUUAAGUACAAGGUAAACCAGCUACGUGAGCAUAAUAAUAUUUAACUAAUAUAUAUAGAAAUAGCUAAAUUAUUAUGGCUGUAUCAAUGUUUGCGUAUUGCUAUUAUUAUAAAUAAUAUUACUUUGCUUUUCAGGUAAUAAAAGAUCUAGAAGUCUCAGGAGCUUUUCACACUGUGCUAAUGGCACCAGCUGAACAAGAACUUCGAAAUGUUCUCAAGCAAGUGGAAAUAGGUCAAGCCAGAAUGAACGUCUACUCCAACUACACAGGGAAACUAUACCCACAUAAACCAUCAAAGAUAAGGGAACACAUCAUCAAACAGGUCAGCUCGACUGUGAGAUGGGAGCAGAUAAUGCAACUUUUGUAUCGAAAACACCAGGUAAUUGCAGCAUAGUACUUACUGUUGGCCUUAAUAUGUAACAUGGCAGUAGUAUUAUUGUAAUAUGUUAAACUAGAUCAGCUUCUUUUUUUGCCAUUAUAACUUUCAUAUAAUAAUAAUAACAUUUUAGGACUACAAGUUCCCCGAAUUCUUUGAAAUCGGACCUGGAAAGCAGCUUGGUGCUAUCUUGUACAACGUAAGCAAGAAGGCUUACAAACAUUACAAUCAUGUUAGUUGUUGA